AUAUGUUGCUGUCACAGCUGACUUCCCAGUUACUGAAGGCAUCACGACCUGCAGGCCACCUUUUGCCCAGGUCAGUGUCUUCCUUUCUUUGCUAUCGUUUUACAUCUGCGUGCUAUAGCACACAGCCAUCUAACAAGAGUGGAGCUGUACCUCAGCGGUGGAAUGCUCUGGACCCUGAACUGGAAGAGGUGCUGAUCCCCAGGAAACUUUCCAUCAGCCCAUUAGAAAGCUGGCUCACAGUUAGAUACUCCCUUCCUAAAGCAGAGAUCCUUAAUGCUCAGGAAGAAGUGGGCUAUGAGCCUCUCCAGCGAUAUGACUGUCCUCCAUCUGAUGAGGGAGCUAAUGUGGAGGAAGGAGAGGGAGCACUUAGCAACACGGUUCAAUGUAAGAACGUUUUGAAGAUUCGCAGAAGGAAAAUGAAUCGGCACAAGUUCAAAAAGCUGCUGAAGCGAAGAAAGUUUGUGCGGAGGAGGAUAAAGGAAAGUCGCAAGAAGAAACGUCAGAUAAAAUUUGAGAAAGAUUUGGAGCGCAUCUGGAAAAGAGCUGGUUUGAAAAGUCCUCCUGCAGGAUGGCAAACACCCAAGAUAUUUCUGAAAAGUUCAAAGCGAUAAAAACACUUGUAUUGAGCUUUAACCUGUUAAUUGUAAUUAAAAAGUACUUAAGUA